AAUAUCGCCCGCCCCGAUCUACCACGGCCCGAAACACCACAUCAUGACCCAAGCGGGUCGUUGAGCUUGUAUUCAUCAAAACACGAAUUUCAUCUUGUCUAAUAAGUUUAAUCCAUCGGAUUGGAAACUGUCUCUUCUAUGUUAUCCCUUGAUCCACCGGGAUUGUACUUGCUGCUAUUUUGGGCGCCAAGCACAUUUGAGAAAAACCUUGACACCAAAGGACUGGUUCGUACAUUUACCGAGUCUUUGCUACCUUGAAAAGACUUCAACAUGGCUGACUUCAAGAGUGACACUGUGCCGGGUCUGGAUCUCGCUAGCGGCUCGCAGGGUUUUCCGGAAGGAAGAGGCUCCGCUGCAGACUUCUUCUGGGAGCAAGUGGCUGUAAAACCAGAAACUGACGAUAAAGGUUUGGACCUCUUGAAGCAAGUUGCUGUAAAAUCAGAACCCGAUGAUACAGGUGGGAACCUCUGGCACCAAGUGGCUGUAAAAUCGGAGCCUGACUCUGAAGAUUCAGGUAGCACAAACGGUGAUGUAAAGGAGAACCAGAACACUCCCCACGAGAACGUGCAGCCAGACAUCACCAUGCUCGACUCAGACAACCCCAUCUCCCUCAAACGACCUCUGGAAGAGGACAUCUUCUCCCCGCCCAAGCGGCCCAAGAAGAAGCGGAAAAAGUCCCUCGGCCCCGCUCUACCCAAAAACGCCCUGAUGCAGCUGAACGAGCUGCGGCCGGGGCUGCAGUUCAAGUUUGUUUCGCAGAGCGGCCCCGUGCACGCUCCGGAGUUCAUCAUGUCAGUAGAAGUGAACGGCCAGACGUUUGAAGGCAGGGGCGGGACGAAGAAGAAGGCUAAGCUCCAUGCGGCAGAGCAGGCGCUGAGGUCCUUUGUACAGUUCCCAAACGCGUCCGAGGCCUACCAGGCCAUGGGUCGCAAACCCGCCCCCACCAACACUGACUUCACGUCAGACCACGCAGACUCAGACACUCUCUUCAAUGCGUUUGAACAGAAACCUAACGAACCACAGGCGUACUCCCCCGACCGCCCUACAGACGAAGCCACUCCGCUAAACGGCGCCGACCUACCCCCUUCUGCUGCUAUGCACAGUCCGUACGGCAGCGCGUACACGCCGCCCGGCGGGAAGAAUCCGGUCAUGAUCCUAAACGAGCUCAGACCGGGCCUGAAGUACGAGUUUGUGUCGGAAACUGGGGAAAGCCACGCCAAGAACUUUGUCAUGGCGGUGACGAUAGAUGGGCAGACGUUCGAGGGCUCCGGGAGGAACAAGAAACUGGCCAAGGCACGAGCCGCACAAGCAGCGCUACAGAAGAUCUUCAACUACCAGUUCACCCCCUCCCCGGGCAAACAACCCAUCAUGAGCUCCGAGGGCGUCCCAAUCCACCAGACACAGGCUCUAGCAGACCAUAUAUCCCGGCUGAUCCUGGACAAGUUCAGCGAGCUGACCAAUGGCUUCACCUCCCCCCACGCUCGCCGUAAGGUGCUCGCAGGGAUGGUCAUGACUAAAGGUGAGGACUGCACAGAUGUGGAGACAGCCGAUGCCAGGGUCAUCUCCCUCGCUACUGGCACCAAAUGUAUCAACGGAGAGUACAUGAGCGACCAGGGCAUGGCGCUGAACGACUGUCACGCGGAGAUCGUGUCCCGGCGGUCGCUCCUACGUUACCUGUACUCCCAGCUGGACCUGCUCCUAGAUCCUGAUGAGGAGAAGAGGGAGGAGAGCGUGUUCGAGCCUAAGGAGGACGGGAAGGGGUACCGGCUAAAGGACAACAUCCAGUUCCAUCUCUACAUCAGCACGUCGCCCUGCGGAGACGCCAGGAUAUUCAGUCCCCACGAGACCGCCACCGACGCCGAGGCGGCCGACCGCCACCCCAACCGCAAGGCGCGCGGGCAGCUCAGGACGAAGAUCGAGUCCGGGGAGGGCACGAUCCCGGUCAAGUCGUCCAGCUCCAUCCAGACGUGGGACGGCGUGCUGCAGGGGGAGCGCCUCCUCACCAUGUCCUGCAGCGACAAGAUCGCCCGCUGGAACGUGCUGGGCAUCCAGGGGGCGCUGCUGAGCUACUUUGUGGAACCGAUCUACCUCAGCAGCAUCAUCCUGGGCAGCCUGUACCACGGCGACCACCUCUCCCGCGCUGUGUACCAGCGGCUGGGCGAGCUGGAGCAGCUGCCACCUCAGUACCACCUCAACCGCCCCCUGCUGAGCGGCAUCAGUAAUGCAGAGAGCCGGCAGCCGGGGAAGGCGCCCAACUUCAGCGUCAACUGGACGGUGUCGGACGCGGAGCUGGAAGUGGUGAACGCCAUGACGGGGAAGGAUGACCACGGCAGGGCGUCGCGCUGCAGCAAAUACUACUUCUUCCAGUGCUGGAACAAGCUCUUCGGGAAGCUGUCUUCGACAACGGGCAGGCACGAUAGCGACACACCACGCCAGUACUCCGAAGCGAAGCUCCUGAAUGGCGACUACCAGGCCGCCAAGCAGGAAAUGGUGAAGGCGUUCCAACGCGCUGGGCUUGGACUGUGGGUCAACAAACCCAUCGAACAGGAUCAGUUUGAACUACACGAGGUGUAGGCAAUGUUGGAAACCUGCAGCUUGAAAGGGGAAGGGUAAAAAACAUUUCAAACAAAACUACACACAAAAAAAUCACCAACUUGUGGAAUACUUUCAUGGAACUUUUCUGAACACUUUGUUGAGUUAGUUGCCCUGUAAUAAUGUUGCCAAUACAUGAUAGUAAUUGUAGGAGGAGACUCACAGACAUCUAGCUGAUUGUCAAAAGCAUCAACUCUUCUUCCAUGUUUCAUACAGUAUCAUUUGUAAGAAUGUGCGUUGUACAAUUAUUUCAUCUGAUAAAAGUUCACCUAUUAAGACUGAAAUCUUUCCAAGGCAGUAGUUCUAGUUGUUUGAGAGAAAGGGUAAAAAUGUAGGCUUGGUUUUAUUAUUUUUGUGGUUAGUAGUUUUGUUGUUUGGUAUUCUAGUUUACCAUCAACGCUAAUAUUCUCAGUAUUUGAUGUUUUUGUGUUGCUUUUAAGUUUAUCUUUGUUCAAUUCCACUUGCUGGACCAAUCAAGAAGUGGGUAAGAAUUUAGUUAAGAAUUUUGUUUUUAUGGUCCAAGUAAUUUCCUUACCACAUUGUUUGCACAUAGGUCUGUCUUUUUUUAUCCAAGUAUAUAAAAUUUACCAUUAUUCUUGUUGUUGUUGUUGUGGACCAAUGUGCAAAAGGUAAUGAUUCUUGUUAUGAAAUCAUAUGAUAAGUGGGGAAAUCAACCCAUCCAAGUAAUUUAAGAUAUAACGUACUAAUCGAUACUGGUUGCUGUGUACAGUGCAGUGACUGUGCUUAAUACUUGAUAACAUAUUUUUUGUGGUGCAAGAGUUUAGCUUGUCUGAUAUUUCAAUCCAUGCAGAAGUGCGAACUGUUUGCUGGAUGCGGUUAAAGCGCCAUCUAGCAGAAUUCUUUAGAACUGUAACUCACAAUUUUCAAGUGCCCCAAAUCUUGACCUAAGCUUCAUUUCAUCCACAUUUCAACCAUUAAGUGCAUCACAUUGUACACACUGAGGCAAGAAUGAAACAAAAAUCAUUUUAUUUUAUUUCAUAUGUAUACUUUAAUUUGUGAUAGCGUGCUGUCAGCAGGAAUAGAAAGACUUAAAGUAUAGAUGUGUGACCUUCUCCACUGUAGAUGUGAAAGGUUACAAGACAUGUAAUAAUUAACAAUGGUGACCAGUACUGUCACAGUUGAAGGGGCUUCUGUUUUGAAGUGUUGCUUUCAAAUUAAGGUUGUAUUUUUUUUUCAAGGCAUUAGAAGAAGAAGCAAUGUCGAGGUCUAAAGAAUGUAACAUUGGUUUCCAGAUUGAAAACUCUUUUCAUGAAUGUUUUUUUAAUGUAAUGUAUUAUUGGACACUGAUGAUUUUGAUUUAACAGUUAAAGAAUGUGGUAUGAAGCAGUUUGGUGGUCUUUUUCUUCUGUUACAGUUACCCCUGCUAUUGUGCAAGUACUGAUCAUUUUUUACGUAAAAUUUGCUGCACAUUUUUGUCUUUCUAUGGUCCUCCUAACAAAUUUUAGAACAAUGUAAGGGAUGAUGUAAGAGGGAAGCAGGGCCAACAGUGUACAAUGUUGUUAUGGACUGCUUUCAAUCUGGUUGGAGCUCUGUGAUUGGUGGAUAGAAGCGGGUCAUGUGCUACACAGGCCAAUCAGGUGUUCCUACAUAGAUUUAGCAUAAGGUUCUAUUUGUCACGAUUCAUGGACCCAUGCAAAGUUGUAAAUUCAAAUGAAAUAAUUUUGACAAAUUUGUUGUGUUGAUAAGUUCCUGGUUUGGCUUGAAGUCCUGAAAAAAAGUCUGCUCUGUUAAGUUUGCUGUUGAGUUGUGAAAACGUUUGCAGAGUCCAUGAUUUUUGACUGUUUGAGCCCCAGUAAUUUGGUGCCAGAUUCCUGUUGUAGUCAGGAAUCCUCUGUAAUUAUAAUCUGUGUAAGUACAUAGUGGGAAAAAUACUGCAGUUUGCUAGAAACUUCAUGUCUCCUUGUGUUUUUCUGAGUCCAGUGUGGUAUGCAUUCAUCUACUAUACUACUGUAGAUCUCCUCUUUUUACUGUCUUUACUUAUUACAAGUUUUUCUAAAUGUAGAGUUUUGCAUCUGCACUCGUGACAUUUCUAUGGUAUACUAUACUAUACAUUACUGUUUUUGAUGGAAAAAUUUAAUGGAACAUAGAAAAUGAUUUUUCAGUGAAAUUUGAUGGUUACUGUAGUGCUGCAAAGAAUCCAAUGUUGGCAACUGCUUGUUCUUCAAAAUGUGCAUUUACCAUACUCUGAAAUUAGAAACUAGAAAGAAAAAUGUCCUCACCUGGCAAACUUUCAGAUUUGUUGCAGUGCACCUUGUCAAAAGUACAUGAAUUAUUGUUUUUCAGGCUGACUUUUAUGAGGAUGUUAAAAAUGCAAAAGGUCCGGUACCACAGUGUAUUACAUUUAUCCCUGUACCAGGGUAGGACAUACCCUUUUUUUGACAAGACAUGCAAUUGUUGAAUUCUACCACAGAAAAUGUCACUCUAUCUUUCUUGUUAUCACCUUAUAUCAGACUAUAUCAUUUCACAUAAAAGAAAUACAUCUGAAAUGCAACUUUACAACUUAAAGUAAAAGACUUAAAAGACUUGCUGCGUCUUUGAAAGUGAUACAUCUCACUGUAACCAUCCCAUUCCUUGAAUAUUGAUAUCUAUGGACCUGGGAAAGAACUACAGUGAGCUACCUUUUUUGCUAAUUGACUCCACAUGUAAAUACAGCUUUUGGAGUAUUUAGCACUUUCCAGGCAACAGGUACUUUUCUGGUAGAUGGCAUUCGAACCUUUGACAUGCAAGUUCUGAAGUGCACAAGCUACUUUUCAUGUGCAGAAAUGAAAUCAUAGUUCUUCAUUCCUACAUUUCAUCUGCUUUGUUGAAACUAGCAUCUACACCUUGGCAUGUAAAUCUGCUGUGUAACCUGUGACUUAUGACCUGUACUUGACCUAUAACCUGUAGUUUGUAUAUUUUUAGCAGAGUACAGACUAUUUGUACUAAACAGUAACAACAAGAACGUUUCCUGUACAAACUGAAGAUGAUCUAAUGGUGCCCUAACUUUCACUCAUGUGCGACAGUGCCCUACGAUAAGUACUAACAAUUUAAAAAUGGAAAGUAGUUAUAUGAUGUUAAGGAUAUACAUUUAUCAGUCUUGUUGAAGACUGAAUAUGUAUUGCUGCAUAGGAAACUCUGUGAUUCCUGUAUAGUUCAGCUGAUUUCCUCCUUGUUGUCACGAAAACUGGCUAUGAUCUUUACAGGCAAUAAAUGUAUCAUAAUGCUUA